AUGACUGCUAUUUAUGCAUUGGUUAUGUCAAUGGCACUUGUAGGAACAGCUGCUCAAAUUGUUAAAUCUGCUUUCUUAGAUCCAAGUGCUGUUUUUUUACCAAGUGUUGCAGCUACAUUUAUUGUUACUGAUCGUCUACAUCGAAAUGAAAUGUUUAAUUUACUUCAUGGUUUUCUUUAUCUUAUUAGAAUUCCUGGUGAUUAUCUUCUUGUUACUUAUGCUUUAUGUAAUUAA